AUGUCAGAUCACGACAAGUCAUCAACAAUAAACAUUACAAUCCACCACCAUGGAUCACCAUACACAUUCACCUUGCCAGCCACAGCGACCCUCAACGACCUUGCGACGAGCAUCUCCUCAUCUCUAGACCUCCAAAUCCCCAUCGAAAACCAAAAACUUUUAAUUGCACCCGGAAAACUGGGCUUACAAAAGCCCCCUUUUGAAAAUACAGUACCUCUCCUCGAAUAUUUACCUCUCUCCUCACCAAAACUCAAGAUUACUCUUCUCGGCGCAAAACCAGCGGAUAUAGAUUCUAUGAAUGAAACUGCACGGGCACAAGCACGUCGUCAACCGCAUCCGCCGAUUACGCGCCGACCACCGGGUGGUUUACAUACGAUAUCCUCCCCGUCAUCAUCAUCAUACACAUUCGGCCGCUGCGAACCACUUUCAUACCUUCCAAACCCGGAACGCAGUCUAAAAUUUCUAGAACGACUCCGCGACGACCCGGGCAUAAAAUUCGCCAUGGCAAAACAUCGUUUCUACGUCCCCUUACUCACGGAAAUGAAUCCGGCAGAACAUACAACACACGAAUCACGCACAUUAGGUCUAAACCGAAAUAAAGGCGAAGUCAUCGAACUACGCCUACGCACAGACGCCUACGACGGAUACAGAGAUUAUCGCACAAUCCGCAAAACGCUUUGUCAUGAAUUGGCGCAUUGCGUACAUAGUGAACACGAUCGUCAAUUUUGGGAUUUGACGAAACAGAUUGAACAAGAAGUUGAGCGGGGGGAUUGGACGAGGGGGGGUCAUAAGUUGUCGGAUCAGGAGUUUUAUAAUCCGCAGGAUUGGGAGAGUGAAGGGCAGAGGAGUGGUGAGGAAUGGGUUGAUCAUGGUGGGUGGACAGGGGGUGAAUAUGUUUUGGGAGGAGGGGAUACGGGUUCGUCGGCGUUGAGUAGGAGGGAGAUUAUGGCUAGGGCUGCAGAGGAUAGGUUGAAGAGGGAGCAGCAGAGAGGGAGGGGGUCUAAUACUGAAGGAGAGACUUGA